GCCCAUCCCCCGCCCUGCGCUCGCCGGGGUUAUCAUUGCCUCUCACCCCCCGGAGGGGUUAUUUUGGGGGUGGUUGGAGGCGGCGGCGGCGGCGGCGAGGAGGGGAAUUUCCUUGUGCCUCCGUUCCCGGGAGGGGGGAGCGGCGUUGGAGGCCACCGUGUCCAGGAUAUAUUUCAAGGAGUGAGAUUGCUGGAUUGCGUGGUACUUCUAUUUCUCGCCUUUUAAGGAAAUGCCAAAUUGACUUCCAAAGUAAAUUCAGCAGCAGCGGCGGCGGCUUGUGAUUGGCGGUACCGGAUAUUCAGUUGUACAUCCCACAUCAAUGCACUGCCAAUGUGAGCCGUUCAAGAGGCAGCAGGCACCCCGAGCGGUGACAGUGGGUGACAGUGACGCUGCCAGCUUCCUUCCCUGGGAACUACACUCAGCAUCUCAGCAUCCAGCCGCCAUAACUUUGAACUGUCUGGUUAUAUCCUGUGUUGUGACCUCAUGGUUUAAGUGGGAAUAAAGAUGAGUAUAAGCAGUGAUGAGGUCAACUUCUUGGUAUAUAGAUACUUGCAAGAGUCAGGAUUUUCUCAUUCUGCGUUUACCUUUGGCAUAGAAAGCCAUAUCAGUCAGUCUAAUAUAAAUGGUGCCCUCGUUCCACCUGCUGCAUUGAUUUCUAUCAUCCAGAAAGGUCUACAGUAUGUAGAAGCAGAAGUUAGUAUUAAUGAGGAUGGUACCUUGUUUGAUGGUCGACCAAUAGAGUCCCUGUCACUGAUAGAUGCCGUGAUGCCUGAUGUAGUACAAACGAGACAACAAGCUUAUAGAGAUAAGCUUGCACAGCAGCAGGCCGCAGCUGCCGCAGCUGCCGCAGCUGCCACCAACCAACAAGGAUCAACAAAAAAUGGAGAAAACACAGCAAAUGGGGAGGAGAACGGAGCACAUACCAUAGCAAACAACCAUACUGACAUGAUGGAAGUCGAUGGAGACGUCGAAAUCCCCCCCAAUAAGGCAGUGGUGUUACGGGGCCAUGAAUCUGAAGUUUUCAUCUGUGCCUGGAACCCCGUUAGUGAUCUCCUGGCAUCGGGGUCUGGAGACUCAACUGCAAGAAUAUGGAAUCUUAGUGAAAAUAGCACGAGUGGCUCCACACAAUUAGUACUUAGACAUUGUAUACGAGAAGGAGGGCAGGAUGUCCCAAGCAACAAGGAUGUAACAUCUCUAGACUGGAAUAGUGAAGGUACACUUCUAGCAACUGGUUCAUAUGAUGGAUUUGCCAGAAUAUGGACUAAAGAUGGUAACCUCGCCAGCACCUUGGGGCAGCAUAAAGGCCCUAUAUUUGCAUUAAAAUGGAAUAAGAAAGGAAAUUUCAUCCUGAGUGCUGGAGUAGACAAGACGACAAUUAUUUGGGACGCACAUACUGGUGAAGCCAAGCAACAGUUUCCUUUCCAUUCAGCACCAGCGUUGGAUGUUGACUGGCAGAGCAACAACACCUUUGCUUCCUGUAGUACAGAUAUGUGCAUUCAUGUCUGUAAAUUAGGACAAGACAGACCUAUUAAAACAUUCCAGGGACACACGAAUGAAGUAAAUGCUAUCAAAUGGGACCCAACUGGCAAUCUCCUGGCCUCGUGUUCUGAUGACAUGACUUUAAAGAUAUGGAGUAUGAAACAAGACAAUUGUGUCCAUGAUUUGCAAGCACAUAAUAAAGAAAUUUAUACUAUCAAAUGGAGUCCAACAGGACCAGGGACAAGUAAUCCAAAUGCCAACCUUAUGUUAGCAAGUGCAUCCUUCGAUUCUACUGUUAGGUUAUGGGAUGUAGACCGAGGGAUUUGCAUUCACACUUUGACAAAACACCAAGAGCCUGUAUACAGUGUAGCCUUCAGUCCUGAUGGCAGGUAUCUGGCAAGUGGUUCUUUUGACAAAUGUGUGCACAUCUGGAACACACAGACAGGUGCUCUAGUUCACAGCUAUAGGGGAACAGGUGGAAUUUUUGAAGUUUGCUGGAAUGCAGCAGGAGACAAAGUUGGAGCCAGUGCAUCAGAUGGUUCAGUUUGUGUAUUAGACCUUCGGAAAUAGCGCUACUAGUUGGAAGCCAUGGACCGACUAUGAAUGUGUACAUAGCCAAAAUGACUGUCCUUGACCCAUGUACUGCUAUAGUCCCACUUGAACCAUGGCCAGUCCACUACAGCCAAAUCUAAAAGAAAUAUAUACAUACAGUGUAUAUAAACAAAAUUGCACCCUGAAGACGACAGAGUUUUGUCACAGCUUGUGAAUUCUGUUCACCAAGUGCUGGAAUCUAAUCUGCUGUGCCCCCAAAAUAGCAUUUAGAAGUUUUGGAUAUGAAAAACAGAAGAAAAAAGAGAAAUAUACAUUAUAAAAGCAGAUCUUACAUAUACCAGUUUUUGGAUACUAAUGACAGCCUUGUUUAUCUCUCUUGACUCAGCAGACACCAUGGAUUAUAUUCUUUUUUUUUUCCCUUCAGUAAGCCGUUUGUAUGUACAGAGAAAAUGGACUUACAAAAACUUACAGCAGUAGUUUGUUCUUGCUUUUAAACUUUGUUUUUGGUUUAGUUAAUGGAUGCAUGAAGUAAGGGAGUGAAUCAGUUUCUUGUUUAUAUUUUUUUUUCACCUUUUAAACAAAAAAAAAUUCUUAAAAAUAUUUUAAUGCAUUCUUUUGAAGAGGUAGAUGUUUGGUACAUUUUAUGGCUCCCAGAGCAUAUAUUCAAUUGGUGCAUGUUGUGGGAAGGGGGAGUUGGAAAUGAAAUAGAAAUAUAUGGCUUUGGUCAUGUCGGUCUCUGAGACACAGCAGUAAAAGGGUGUUAUGCUCUGGUUUUUUUGGUGAUGUGGCUGAAAUGCAAUAGUUGCUUUUUUGGGACAUACUUCUGCCAAUUCAAGACUAGAAGGGCACAAAAAAAAAUUUUUUUUUUAAAUACCAUAUUGAAGAUGCAUAAAAAAAAAAAUUCUCCUGAUGUUUUGUAGCCAUAGCUAAAAUAUGGUUAAAACGUGCACUAUUGUGAAAAGGAGCAAAGUAGAUCUGGGUUUUUUUUUUUGUUUGUUGUUUUUUUGUUUUGCUUUGUUUUUUAAGAGAUUAAAAUGUUUCUGGAUAAGGAAUAGCUUCUCAAAGUGUCCAUCAUUAUGUGUAGAAGCUUAAUAUAUAAUGUAACCAAACUCCAGUAUUAAAAAUCUCUCAUGUUAUUUUUCUUUAUUCAAAGCAAGAUAACGGCAUAUAACACUGCCAUUACAUGGCAAAAUGUUUGCUACCUUAGUUUAAAAAACAAUCUUUAAAACAAAAGACUUGCUUCAAGGUGUUUUGAAAUAGCAAUGAUUCAGAAUUUAAAUUAAAAAAAAAAACAAAAACAUAAUUGCACUAACCUCCCUGCUGCUCUGAUUCUGCGUUUGUGGUACUUGUGACUACAUGUUUUCAAAUAGGUAGGUUUAAGCUGCUAUUUUUUUUUUUCCAUUCAUCACUACUAUAUCAUGUCUUUUAAUCUCUUUAUAAUAUCAAGUAUUUUCCUAAGAAUAGUUAUCAUCAAUCCUCCUCUUGCGCUCAUGCAGCUAAAAGCUAAGAUAAACAAAUGACAGCAUGAAGCCAUGUUUAUAUGUGUGAUUAACACAGUUCCAUGAUUAACAAGAAUCCAGGAGUGUUCCAUUUUGGAGAAAAUUGUUGUCACAUUUAUGUGUCAAAGAUUUUAAUUAAGGAAUCGCUUUUUUUUUAUUAUUCAGCUUAGCAAAUUUAUAACACUAUUUCUGUCACUAAUUAUUCUGAGUCCUUUACUACUAAAAUUUUAACCCAUGUUUUAAGUUUAAAUAGAAACUGAUGUACUCCAAGGAAUGCAGCUUCGAUUUCCAGUGUUUGUUGUUUUUGCUAUUUUUACAAAACAGCCUUGGUUGAAGCAAGUCUUCGUUUUUCUAAGGUAGGGUAGCAUUUGCUAUUGGUAAAGAGAAUAAAUACACUUAAUUUCACAGUACAUUGUUAAAUGUACCCCAGUUGUUGUCAGUGGGGACUAUAAUACUGUAAUAAUAUUUUUUAAAAUUUACAUCUGGAAAGGCAGUCAUUCAUGAUGGUUUUGUGCCAGCUGUUUUUAGGGUUUUGGAACAUAUUAUAGAUAUUUAGAACUAUUACCCUGUGACUUAUGUAGGAAACCUAAUAUGCUGAGUAUCUGGCACUUGAAAUCUUGCUUUUAUUGCUGGAGGUCCACAUCUGUGCUUGACCUCUGUUGUUGUUUAAAAAAAAUAAAUAAAAAUAAAAAAAUCUGUGCAAUAAUUUUUAAAUGUGCUCCCAGGAAUAGACACAAAUGUUUUGAGUAUGUUUAAGCUGCAUUUUCCUUUAGCGAUGCAUUUGUCAAUUGCACUGAAGUUAAAUCUGAAAGUCAGAGGUGAUUAUUGAUAGUACUUUUGUAUUUUGAUAUGGACAGUUUAUUCAUUUGCAUAACAGUUAGUGAUUUGCUUUCUCCCAGCCAAGUAAAAGACAGUCAAGAAAUUCUGCAGCAUAGCUGCCAAAAUAGACAGCUACGUUUUUAUGGUAUUGUCAUCUUUUCUGUUUUUGUUUUUCUUUUUAAUCUUUAGCGAUGUUACUUAAGCAUAAUAGCCACAAUAGGACAUAUAAAAGAUUAUAAAUACAGAGCUUUAAUAUCCUGAAGUCUUGGGUCUUUUUAAGUGUAAACUUACCUGAAAGGUAUCCAUUAUGUAGGCUUGGGUUCUGUAUGCGCACACAGUUAUUUAUUUAUUUUUGCUGCUGUUCUCAACAUCAUCAUUGCCUGCUGAUGUGCCACGAUGCUGCUCCAAUGGACAAAAACAAGACUGUCUCUAAUUUGGGCAGUAACGUAUGAUUGCAAGAGACGGAGUUUCACAGCCUGUAAAGUUCUAUAUUUGAGGUUCUAGCUCGAUUUCCCUUCUUUUUUUUUUUUUUUUCCUGAGAACUUAUCCCUGAAAAUCAUUUGAAUCCAGUAGUUUGUUUUUCCCCCCCCAUGGUAUUCAUUGUAUAUCAUUGUUGUAUAAGCUACUGUAAGAAAGGAAUCUUAUCAUAGUAAUUAUGAUAUCAUAGUUAUUAGGAUGAUUACUCAUCAUAAGUAAGAAAACUUGAAUGAAUACUAAUUGAUUAAAAUAGACAAAAGAAAGAGCAGCUGUCACUCUUACACAUCCUAAAGGAAUAUCUUUGUUCUUAUCCAUGUCGGUAAUUCCAUAAAUUCUUCAUAAUUUGUUCCAAUUCCCAUUUCCUAUUGUUGAUCAGCUACCAUCACUGACUUUCAAAUGACUUUUAAAAGUGGGAACUUUUCAUUUCCUAAUGGGUCUUAGAGUGUAUCUAAUUGUGUUUAAUUAUACUCUAGGUAUGUUUUAGGAUUAAACACCUUAUACAGAUACUGAAAGUGCCUCCUUUUGUGGUGUAAAAAACAAAUUAUGGUGCAAAAAGUAAUCACUAGAUGGAAUUACAUGAAGGUUUUUUGCUUUUUGACAUGUAAAAAUGUCGAGAGAAAGGCCAAAGAUUUGUACUUUUUCACAUAACUUAUAAAGCACUCCUUUUUUUCUUAAACUUCUUUCUGUCAAAUUAGAUUUAAUGAGAGAGUACUAUUUUUAAGGAGCUGUUUAUGUAGAAUGAUUUUAAGAGUAAUGUAAAUUAUUGAGUAGAGGCCUGAGGAGGAGUAUGCGUUGUUUUUUUUUCUUUUUUGCUCUUAAAAGCAAAAUGACCAUCCUUAUGUGAACAAAAAUGACAAGUUUUACUAGAAAAGCAGAAAAAUCAAUUUCAAAUGCAAUGCUAUUUACUCAUUUUACAGUGAUUUUCAUUUUCUUAAGCACACAGUACAUUUCUACAGAACCUGUGUUUCUUCUUGCAUGCUAAGGAUGGUGCUUGCAUAUGGUGAAUUACUGUUGACAGUUUCUGCAGAAAUCCUAUUUUCAGUGGACCAACAUUGUGGCAUGGCAGCAAAUGCCAACAUUUUGGGGAACAGCAGCAAAUCUACAAGAGACCCUAGUUUUUGAUGAUUCCCCCCACCCCCAUCCUGAAUCAGCAGGGAUGGAAGGAGAGUAGGGAAGUUAUGAAUUACUCCUUCCCAUAGUAGCUCUGAAGUUUCACAUUCAAUAUCAAAUGUUUUUAACAUGAUUCUAGUUAAAUGUAGACAAGAGAAGAGAAAGAGAAAGUGUUCACUUUUUUAAUACACUGAUUUAGAAAUUUGAUGUCUUAUACUAGUAGUUCUGAGGUAUUAAUAGCAUUCUUUAUUUCUGCCUUUAUGUUGACAGUGUUGAAGCAGGGUGAUUAACUAGGGCGGUUUUUUUUUUGUUUUUUUUUUUUCCUAGUAAGCUGUUUCAUGAUGUUUUCUUUGGAAUUUCUGGAUAAGUUCAGGAAAACGUUCUGCAUGUUGUAUUGAGUCUGAUGUACUUAUCCAUCUCAUUAAAGGCAACAGCAUACAGACUGCAUUUUGUAGUUCUGUAAUCCCUGAAUACAGAAGUAAUUUUCUUCUUUCCUGACUUUGACAUUGUAGCUCUAAUGUUUUCAUUUUGAUUUUUACAAAAUCCUUUGGGUCUAAUUCUGUGAGCCUACCUAUAGCACUGGAUUAAAAUGUCUGCAUCAUUUCUUUAGUUAUCCAGUUAACUUUAAAACUGUUGUAAAAGUGUAAACCAGCCCAUGACAGUUUUUUGUACAUGUUAAAGAACUUUUAUUGUUCAGUUUUCAUGAUUAUUGUGUAAGGAAGACUGAUAUAGUUGUUCUAUGCUGUCCUGGACCAUGUUAAUUACACUUAACAAUGUUUUUGGUUCGACAUCACAAUGAUUUGUCCCCAAUGACCCUUUUAUCCUUUAUAGGCACAUUUUUUGUUGUUGUUAUCGUUGCAGUUUCCCUUUGCAUUGUAUUGCUUUGACAACUGUAAUUUGAAUCAGAUCUGAAAGAGGUCCAGAAUAAAAUAUAUUUUGAUAUUAUGUUGGCUGUGUAUAUAUAUAAAACUUUUGAUAUCUAUGUAGUUUGUAUAGACUAUAUACUGGUCAAGUAAAGAGAGAGGGUUGCUAUUUCUUGUUUACAACUUCCUGUUUACAUUUUAAUUGCUUUCUAUUCCUCCAAUGAUCUGUUUUAGAAUAAAUUUUUUGCUCUGAUUUAGCCUUACAACAUAAAAACAUUUCUGUUCUCGCCCAUACUGGGGUUGACAGUGAUAAAACUGCCAUCAGAACCCAGAUGACUGUUUUUCAUAAACUUACUGUUCUCUAAGAUACAUACUUUAAAGUAAGCCCACAGAUUAAAUUAUGAAUUUUACUAUUUUAUUACUUCUUGCAGAAGAUAAGAUUUUUUUAAGUAACGGGAUUAGUUACUAUUUUUAUUAAAGAAUAAUAAUAGAGCAUCUAAUCAAUUAAAGAAUAGCAAUUCUUAAUUAUUUUAAAAAAUCAGUAUUGUAUUUAAAGGGCAUUAUUUCACACAAACUAAAAGAAAGCUCAGAUCCACCUGUUUGCUUACCAUGUAGUUGAGCACAAAACAGUACGUACGCGUUGUUGAAAAUUUUUAGGUCAGGAGGGUCAGCUUCCUUAAUGGUAUUUUUUUCUUUGCAUAAACCAAUUAUAACUUAAUCACUUUCUCUCAGCCAGUUGCCUGUGUUCCUAACAAAGCUUAUGUAAUCUAAUGAGAAAAAAUACUAGGCAUCUUUCAUCUUUAAUUAAUUCCAACUCCGGUAACUGUUAAGAGAUUUUUUUCCAACACUAUUAAGCAUACUUUUGGUUUAUGUUUUUUUAAAAACUUGUAUUCUCUAGGUCUUUCACUUUUCCCUUCCACUUUCUUAACAAAAACUAAUACAGGCCUAGCCUUAUAAUGUCUUAUUGGAUGAUAAGCUGGGGCAAUUGCUAGAACUUUCUAACAACAUUUCAUUUUCAAAGGGUUAACUUUUAUUGCAUGGCAUAGAUUGUUAGUUUUCUACAUUUUACACUUCUUCAAAAGGUAUUUAAAGAUUAAUAAGAUUUAAAAUUCAUCUAAGUCUACGGUAAAACAUUCAUUUGAGCAAGCACAGAAAGGAUUUCCAGUUUCUUAGCUGUUACACUUUACAUAGAUGAGAUUGCUUGCCUAUUAUAAUACAUAGCAGAUCAGAUUAAAGAUUACUCUUGUCCCAGUAUAAAACCCAUUAUAGUCAUCUGCAAGAUACAGUGUAGGAAAAGACGCUAUGGACAGUAGUUUUACGGUGCUUUUCUCUGCUGAAGCUCUCUGUCAGGAACGAAAUGUUAACCCUCUGCUUUUUCUGCAUGAUUCUUUUCAAAUGUCAUAUCUCAAUGCUUAUUUGUCCUAACUUGUAAUAUUUUUGUAUUAAAUUUUUUAGGAGUUCCUUGUAAUUUCUUUAUAAUUUAAAAUAUAUUAAACACGAAGUGUUUAGUAAAGUACAAAAGACAAUUACUAAUGUUUCUUGGUUGUUGGGGUCAUAUGAUCAGUUGGGUAGCGAGGUCACACUUUAAGAACUAGGACCAGUGGAAGGGAAGCUACCCAGAAAAAGAUCACAGCUCUAUUUAAAUUAUUUUCUAACAUACAAAUUCAGUGUUGGAAUGGGCUUGCUUAGAAGAUACCGCGCUGCCAAAAAUGCCAAAAGCAUAGGUUGGGUGGCCAUCAGGCAGGACGACUGGAGGAACUCAACCAUUGAAUGGGUACCUUAAGUUGUCCCUUCAAGCCUCGCGUUAAAAUUUCAGUCACACUGACCUUGGUCUGAGGUCAGACGUUUGACAAUACCAGCUUCCGGAAAAAUCGCACAUUCAAAUUAGAGGGUUUUGAAAAUGUACACAUUGCCUUCAAAAUAGCAGUUGUAAGCUCUCUGUAAUAGAGCGUUUUCUUUUUCCACAUAAGCUUCUCUGGGCUUAAUUUAUAGCCAAUUACCGGGGAAUUAUCUGAUUUUCCAGCUUGAGUCCUGUGGAGCAGUACACCCCAAUAGAGGCCAAGAAAUAGCCAACACUAACAGAAAUGGAGAAGUGCACAAUUGGCGUGGAUAUCCUAACGAUGGCUUAGAGUCAUCAAAUAAUUCCAAUGAAGAUUAUUAUGACAAAAUGUCGGUACGCAGUAUAUUUUUAAAAUAUUGCCACCUAAAGCCAUUGAAACGUUUUAGCAAGCGGGAUAGACUUAAGUUUGAAGUUGGACACUUAGGACUGAAUUAGAGGUAAGUUUGCUUUUUAAACAUAGUUUUUUUCAACCUGGAGUGUGCAUUAGAACCAUUUUUUUUCCCCCAAAUUCCUUGGUCUACUGGCUAAUAUGAUAGCACCUAGGUAUGUGUGUGAUUUUUUUUUUAAUGCUUGUUUGUUUUUGUGCCAUAGGUGACUGUUUUGAUGAUUGUAUAUUAUAAAACUCAUGCUUGUAAAGAAAUUCACAAUAACAAGGAUGUAAAUAAUAGGUUAAAAAUUUUUUUUUUUUUUUUUUAAAUAAUAGGUCGCCAUUUCCAAACUCCCAAUCCUUUCCUCAGUGGUAACCACUGUUAACGACUGGUAUGUGUCCUUCCAAACAUUUUCAAUGCAUACUUCUAAAAAGCAGAGAGAUGAGAUUGUAAUAUUGCACCGGUUUCAGAAACACCUUUUCACCCAAAUCCUCGGGCCCUUUUUCCCAUCAGUGUAGGUGUACCUCUCUAAGUUUGUGUGGAUGCAGAGUAUACCAUACAGGUUAAGAGCAUGGAUUCUGCAUGACAGCUGGGGUUGAAUCCCAGCUCCAUCUCAAACUAAGGAAGCGGUGACAAGGCAGCUACUGUUACGGUUUCCCCAUCUGUAAAAUGGGGAUAGCAAGAGUACCUAACUCAGAAUGGUUAUGAGGAUUCAAAUGUUAAUAUAUCUUAAGUCUUUAGAGAAUAGUGCCUGAUUGUACAAAGCACUAUAUGUUACCAUUUUUGUUUUUGAAAGGCCACAUUGUAGCAUAUUCCCAUAAUUGGGUCCCCUAAAUUUUUUCACUAUUUCCCGUUUCAUAAAAAAUGGUGCAGUAAACAAAAUAUUUGUCUCUCUGUAGGACAAAUUCAACAGUUGAUCCUGACGCACACUCCUGUUUGUAGCCACUUUGAAAGAAUUUGUAAAACUCACCUCCCAGCCAUUUCCUAGCCUUAACCAAACCUGUCAUGUUAACAAUCACUGCCUGAUUGAUGGAAGGGAGAGUCAACCAGCUGUGGAGCCGAUCCCGACUCACAGUAACCCCGUGUGUAUCAGGAGUAGAACUAUGUGCCGUAGGGUUUUCAAUGCUCAAUUUUUGGAAUUGAAUUGCCAGCCUUUUCUUUCAAGGUGCCUCUGGGUGGACUCGAACCACCAAUCUUUUGGUUAGCAGCCCAGUGCUUAACUGUUCGCACCACCGAGGGAUCCUGACUUGUAUAUUUACUCGCUGUGCGUGUGAGAACAAGAGAAAAUACUUUAGACCAAUGGAGUCAUGGGGCAGAAUUGGAAAACAACUCAUAUUUCAGACUUACACUAUAAAAAAAAUAAAUAAUGCUAUCACUAAAAAAAACAAA